AUGACUGACCACCACAUCGAAGACUUUCCCGUCCGCGCGGUGCAGAAGCUGACUGCCAUGCUCACGCUCCCGCCCCAACACGGGCUCGUUCGGCCGACGGCCGGCUGGCAGGCCAGCCAGAGCGAAGCCGUCGCCAACCUCCCCCAGAGCUGCCGGCGUCCGCCCAUCGAGGGCGCCAACCCCAUCAAGCUCCUCAAGCGAGGGCUCAUGAAAAUGUCGGAGAAGCACUCACUCCCCCUGGUCCCCGACGCCGCCGUCCUGUGCCAGGCGCACAAGGAGCUCCACCCCUGGCGCAUGCGCAGCCUCUUCCUGCUGCUCGCCUCCGAGUGCGGCAUCCGGUCGGACCGCAUCCGCCGGCACCAGGGCUUCGACGGCAUCCCGCCGGCGCAGGACGUCCAGGACUUUGUGUACCGCAUGACGUCGAUCGCCGGCCUGUGGAUCGCGCCCGCCGACUUUGCGGCCCGCUUCGGGUUCCAGCCCGACGUGCUGCGGCCGCUCCGGUCGGGCUGCGAGGCCUGCAUGCUGGCCGUCGUCGGCGCACGCGCGCAGCUGCUCGUCGACCUGCGCGCCAACAUGCUGGCGCGCUCGAAACGGGGCCACGAGCCGGCCUUCUUGCGCUUCGUCGACGCCUGGAUCGAGUGGUUCGGCGACGAUGCGAGCGCCGUCUUUGCCGAGAGCCAGGCGCUGUCGGACCAGUUGCGGUCGAUCCGUCGCGAGAUGGGCCGCCGCCGCCGCGCGAAGAGGCGGCGUGCGCGACGCGAGGGGCGACGGCCUGACGAGGGCGGCGGCGGCGGCGGCAGCCAGAGGCGACGCGAGGACGAGACCACGCCCGAAGGGUACUCGCUGCCACGGCCGCCGCGGCCGUCGGACACGGCGAGGACGGCGCUCACGUGCACCGGCGACGUGCCCCCGUUUCCGGAGGCGCGCAUGACGGGCGCCCGGCACGGCUACGAAUCAGGAUCGUCGCAGGUCGCAGGCCAGCCACGACGUCGAGCCCCCGAGCCCACGGGCAACGCGUUCGCCGAGCGCGCGCACCGACGCGCAGACGACGAAGACGAAGACGAAGACGAAGACGACGGCGGCGACGACGAGGCCGGCCCCGCAUGGGCCAGCCAGGUCGGAAGCUACUACUUCGCCACGGACAACCACCCGGGCGCCCGCGCCGCCUGGGGCCAACCCGGCGGCAGCGCAUCCGCCGACGCGAUCCACCCGGCCUUCCAGGGCGCCCUCGCCGCGCCGUCUUCGGGCCCCGUUUCGGAAGCCGCGGCCUCGACAGCGUCCCGCCGUGUGCCGACCGAGUGGACGGACGUCACGGUGCGCACGCAACGCAGCCGCGUCUCGACCGUCGCAGGCCUCACGCGCGACGCCGUGGCUCCGGAUGCCGCUCCGCGCGCGGGCCGCGACGACGUGUCGGCGCUGCGCCGCCAGCUCGAGCAGGUGAGUCUCCAGACGGGCGCGUCGCCGGCGCCGUACGCGUCGAGCAGCGGCUACUCGACCGGCACGGGCGGCGCGGGCGGGCAGGAGAGGGAGCCGCCGGGGCGGACGAGGAGGAGGCGGGGCUCCUCGGCCGGGGACGAGUUGGCCAGUCGCCGGAACCACUUUCCUCCGCCUCCUGCGUCGCGGCGGCGGACCGUGUCGGAGGUGAGCGAGGCGACGGAGGGGACCGUGUUUGCCAUGUUCAUCCGGCAUCAUGAUGAGGUGCGGCCGGGGGACUCCAUCUCGACGGUCGGCGGUGGCGGGCGUCGGGCUGGGGGGCUCGGGGGGUUGACGCGGAGUGGAAGGUGA